CCGUAAACGGGCGGGAUCGCGCCAUUUGGUUAGUUCUGUGUUAGGGUUUGCGCGGGAGGAGAGAUGGAAGGAGUGGGAGGAAAGAGGAUGAAGGGGAAGGUCAAGUGGUUCAACGGGGCGAAGGGGUUCGGCUUCAUCACGCCGGACAGUGGCGGCGAGGACCUCUUCGUCCACCAGUCCUCCAUCAAGGCCGACGGUUUCCGCACCCUCGCCGACGGCGAGGACGUCGAGUUCUCGGUUGCCGAGGGCGACGACGGCCGCACCAAGGCCGUCGAUGUCACGGCACCCGACGGCGGAGCCGUCCAGGGAAACGGCGGCCGCAGCGGGAGGGGCGGCCGCGGCGGGUAUGGGUUUAACGAUCGAGGCGGGCAAGGCGGAGGCGGGCGCGCGUGUUACGUAUGCGGGGAGGCGGGGCACAUGGCGAGGGACUGCUACCAGGGCGGGAGCGGCGGCGGAGGUGGUGGUCGUGCGUGUUAUAACUGCGGUGGGACGGGCCACAUGGCGAGGGAUUGCCAGCAGGGCGGCGGAGGGGCGUGCUACAACUGUGGGGAGAUGGGGCACUUCGCCAAGGAGUGCCCUUCGACCAAGUGACGGUGAAUGAUUCCUCUUCAGCCCUUCUCCCGUUUCCAUUUCUCUACAGUGUGGUGGUGUCUUGGGAUGUCACCGCCGGUGGAUUGCUUUCCUUUGUCUUUUGCUUCUUCAGUGUAGUAUGAUGGUGUGUGGUGUUUUCAGUAUGCUUUGAUGGUGUUUGGUUUUUAGGGAUGAUGUGAUGGUAGGGGAGAAGGGCAGAUAUAUAUUUUGAAUGGGGGGAUCGACACGUUCUCGUUGCAUAUUACAAUGUUUUUUUUGGGUGUUAGCUCUUGCCGUGCCUCUUUCUCUUUAACGAAAGAGCUUUCUUUGUCUCUUUUAA